AUGUUGUCAACUUCCCUUCUUUCCAUUGCGGCUUUGACCGUGCCGACUGUCCUGGCAGCCUCUCUUCGUGACCAACUUCCAGGAGUCCCAGCAGGAUGGUCUGUCUCAGGUACACCUGAUGCCUCCCAGUCAAUCACUUUGAAGCUUGCAGUUAAACAACAGAACAUCGACCAGCUCGAGGGUCUCCUGAGGUCGGUCUCUGACCCAUCGAGCCCCAACUAUGGAAAAUACUACACUGCCGAUCAGGUCAAUGCUCUCUUUGCACCGUCUACCGGCUCUGUUGAUGCCGUGACUACGUGGGCCAAGUCAUCUGGACUGGAGAAUAGCCUCGAUCGUGGUCUGCAUGUCACUAUCAAGACAACUAUCGGCGACGCCAACAAGGUCUUUGGAGCAAACUUCACAACCUUCAAGGACGAGUCCACAGGUGUUGAGAAGUUGAGAACCCUCCAAUACAGUGUUCCUGACGAGAUCUCGAACCACAUCGACUUUGUCUCACCCACUACUUUCUUCGGACGUACCGAUGCACAGAGUGCUCUCAGACUUCCAGAGAAUGUUGGUAUCGAAAGACGUGCACCAGUAUCUGAGCCGCUGUCAGACCUGGCCAAGCGUGUGACUACUUGCAUCUCACACUCAGCUCGUGGAACCGCUUACCUAGGUCCUGAUUGCUGGAAGCAAGUCCUGAACAUUACCUAUGUCCCCGAUGCUUCUAGUGGCAGCCGCAUUGGCUUCGGCAGUUUCCUGAACGAAUCGGCCAUCGAAGCCGACCUCUUCCUCUACGAGCAGAAGUACGGUAUCCCUAAGCAGAGUUUCAAUGUCACCCUGAUCAAUGGUGGUGUCAACCACCAGGAGCCCGAGUACACCAGUAUCGGCGAGGCCAACCUCGAUGCACAAAACAUCUUUGGCCUGGCACAUCCCCUUCCAGUAACCGAGUUCAUCACAGGAGGCUCGCCUCCUUUCAUUCCUAAUCUGGACGAGCCUACUGAGGCCGACAAUUCUAACGAGCCCUACUUGGACUACUACGCAUACCUCCUGUCUCAGCCCAACGAGGCCCUUCCUCAGGUCAUCUCCAACUCAUACGGAGAUGACGAACAGACCGUCCCCAUUGACUAUGCCACAUAUGUCUGCAAUCAAAUCGGUAUGAUGGGUCUUCGUGGUAUCACCAUCCUUGAAUCUUCAGGAGAUACAGGAGUGGGAGCACCUUGUCAGUCAAACGAUGGCAAAAAGACUCCUCAAUUCACCCCCGCCUUCCCAGGUACCUGCCCCUACGUGUCGGCAAUUGGAGGAACCCAGGGGAUCGAUCCAGAAAUUGCUUGGGAUGGAUCAACCGGUGGUUUCAGUAACUACUUCCCUCGUGCCUGGUACCAGGAAGCGGCGAUUGAGACCUACCUCGGAUCGUAUGUCAGCAAAAGUGUCCAGGAGUACUACACUCCCUACACGAACUUCAGCGGACGUGGAUUCCCUGAUUUCUCAGCCCAUAGUUCCAACCCAUACUGGCCUGUUUUUGCCAAUGUAANNGGUGUCCUUGCUCUCUAUUCUGGAACCUCUGCUGCAGCUCCCGCUUGGGCCGCUAUGAUUGGUAUGCUCAACGAUGCUCGCUUCAAGGCCGGUCAGCCUGCUCUCGGUUUCGUCAACCCCCUGUUCUACUCCCUGAAGUCUGGCUUCCUAGACGUCACUAAGGGAGCCGCCACCGGCUGCAAUGGUGUCAACGCUCAGACUGGUUUGGGUUUGCCAAACUUCGGUGUGUUGCUUGAUACCCUUGGCCUCAGUGCUUACAACAAGACCGCAACUCCAUCAUGCCCAUCUUGGAACACCUUGGAAUACACUCCCUCGACCGGAAGCACCUACAAGAUCGAGUGUGGCACUGACCACGCUGGUGGUGUUUUCUCGCAGGUCUACGUCAACGGCACCGACAGACUCAACAACUGCAUUAUGGCCUGUGAAGGUACUGCUGGUUGUAUUGAUGUCCAGCUCUCUGGCACUACCUGCUACCUUAAAGGUGCCGUCGGAACCGCUGUCUCCAAGCCUGGUGCUGUCGGCGCUCGUCUUAUCUCUCAACCCGUUGGUCUUCACGCUCAGCUCACUACCACGGUUUCCUGCCCUAGCUGGAACAACACCAUCUACAACUCCACCUCUGGCUCUCAGUACUUUGUCGAAUGUGGUGUUGACCACCAAGGUGGUGACCUCAAAUUGGUCUACGUGAAUGGCGGCAUCAAGAGCUGUGUUGCUGCUUGCGAGCAGACACCCGGCUGUAUUGAUGCUUCGCUGUCUGGCUCAUCCUGUUACCUUAAGAGCAAGGUUGGCAAGGCUGUGCCGAACUCAAAUGUCUUCGGUACCCUAUUGAUCUCCCACAAGGGCAACUCGACUGCAUAG